UUUGGGGAAUCAGCAGAGGCUAGCCUUUCUCAAACACUGCGUAGACUUGUCGGCUCUAGGGAGUGAGGGAGGCGGGGCGUGGAAACGGUGUACGACCGGUAAACAUCUGGGACGGGAAUGUAAAAACGAUCAACGGUACGCUAACACGAAACCGCCUUAAACGGAGUGCCAUUGGGGCAUAAAGUAAAGUAAACUGUCCAUCGGGCUUCCAAUGGAAGCGGAUGGUUUCGUGAGAAGGCGUCGGAUGACAGCGGAGACAGCAGGCGGGGACGCCGGGGUUGCUGGAGCCUCAGCCGGCGCAGAGGUCCGAUGGUUCGGGGGAAGGAUCUGGGGAGUGUCGGAGAGCCUCGUUGGGAAUUUGUCUCCCCGGAUCGGAGGUGAGACAGAGAUUCAGACUGUUCAGUUCAGCGACGGCCCUCCUGAAAUAGCAGAUGCUUCGGAACCGGAGUAUGAGGGUUUGCCGCAAGGCGCUUCCACCAGCACCCACAUGUUUGCAGGAGCAGUGGCUGGGAUCAUGGAGCAUUGCCUGAUGUUCCCCAUCGACUGUGUCAAGACGCGAAUGCAGAGCCUACAGCCUGAGCCUGCCGCCCGCUACCGGAAUGUGAUGGACGCGCUUCGGCGAAUCAUAACCACCGAGGGUGUCUGGCGACCAAUGAGAGGGCUGAAUGCCACGGCUGUGGGGGCGGGACCGGCGCAUGCUCUCUACUUCGCCUGCUACGAGAAACUGAAGAAGAGUCUGGGUGACAUCAUCCACCCCGGCGCUAACAGCCAUCUGGCCAACGGUACGGCGGGGUGUGUGGCCACAUUACUUCAUGACGCAGCCAUGAACCCAUCUGAAGUGGUGAAGCAGCGUUUGCAGAUGUAUAACUCUCCGUACCGCGGUGUGAUGGACUGUGUGCGCGCCGUGUGGCAGAGCGAGGGCGCUGCAGCCUUCUACCGCUCCUACACCACACAGCUGACCAUGAACGUCCCCUUCCAGGCUCUCCACUUCAUGACCUACGAGUACCUCCAGGAGCUGCUCAACCCCCACAGACAGUACAACCCCUCCUCACACAUGGUGUCUGGGGGCCUGGCCGGGGCCAUUGCUGCUGCAGCCACCACCCCUCUGGAUGUCUGCAAGACCCUGCUCAACACCCAGGAGUCCCUGGUGGGUGUCGCCGCUGCAGGCCAGGGUGGAGGUCAGGCGCAGGGGACACACAGACACAUCACAGGCCUGGCCCAUGCCUUCCGGACAGUGUACAGGCUGGGCGGCCUGCCUGGGUUCUUUAAAGGAGUCCAGGCCAGGGUGAUCUAUCAGAUGCCCUCCACAGCCAUCAGCUGGUCCGUCUAUGAGUUCUUCAAGUACGGAAUCACCAAGCACCAGCACGAGAAGAGGAUAGCGCAGCAGAGGGAGGGAGAGAAGUAGAGGAGGAAAAAUAAAGAAAAACCUAUUUUCUUUCAGCCAUCUCUCUUCACCAUCUCUUCCUUUUUUGCUCUAUCAACACACUUCCUUUUCCCUUCGGAGCAUGCAGGUGUUCAGAGCGAGGGAGAAAUGAAAGAGGAACGGAGAGGAAGAAUCGAUACGCACAUAAACCAACCAAUACCCACCUCUUAUUUACCCCCGUUCAGACUGCCAAUAAGAGACCUCCAUGUGUGGCUCAACCAAUAACAUCCCUGCUAAACUGUUUGAAACUGAGAUUUUACAAUACGCUAUGAAAGUGAAUACGUCAUGUUAUCAAUUUAUACCAUAUAACAACGCACAUAAAUGUCAACCUGAAAAAGUUGAUUCUGUUUUGCUUGUCUCCUGCGGAUUUCUGUUGUGAAAUAUGUGAAGUGUCCAGUUCCUUUCAUAGAGUAUUGUUGUGAUGAUUUCGACAACAGCUGUUCUGUCAGUGUUUCUUAAAGGCAGAAUAUGACAUCAUCAUACACAGACAGUGGGCCACUUCCUGCUUUAGGAAAUUAACAACAAGAUCGUCUAAUUGAGGCGCAGAUUGGAAAUAGCCAGUAGUGGCGGUCAUCUUGGCAGAUUUGCAUUCUGUUAUGUGUAAGAGGGAAGUUGCCCAGCUUUGUAUGAUGUUCUAUUGCUGAGUCUACCUGUAGAGUUAAUUAUUGCGGUUACUUUAUCUGGAUGAGAAUGUUGUUCACUGUAAGUCCCACCAGGGGCCACUGUGACCAUCCCAGUAAAGCUGUUGAGUAAUAUAAUAUGACCAGGUGUGAGUGACAGAGUCAGCCUUUAGGGGGCUUUAGUGUAAACUCAGACAAUAGUUUAUAGGCUUCAGGUACAAGAUGGCCGUAACCCCAUAUCUAGGAUCAGUUUGUCGUUUCGUCAUUCUUAUCUUAACUGUUGGGGGAUGAAAGAAUAUCUGAUCCUAGACCAGUGGUUAGGAGCAACUUCUACCUUCAGAACUGGUAGAGAUGCGAAGGGAGUCCUCUUCUCGACGUUUAAAAUCAGGAAUUUCUCUCAAAAUGGUUGCAUACAAUAUACAUAGUAUAUAGUAUACUUGUUACAUAUAUAUUGGUGAAUUUAAAUGAUAACACAUUUUUUCAUUAAACCAGAUAAAAUGUUAUGUCAAAUAUUGAUAUAGACUUAAUUUAUUGUUGACAGUAAGUUGUAAAGUACAGUAAUUAUUUUCUGAGAGAGGAACUAUUGAGUUUUAGUUUUGUGUGAUUCCUGAACACCUACAGGACUGACAUUAGUUGGCUGACAUUGCUGUUCACCAUGGAUGUUUGGACAUUUCAUUGGAAGAUAAUUUCCAUCCUGCCUUCUUAUUUGCACUGAUGUAAGGAGAGCAGGGAGGAUGUUGUUUGCCCAGAUCUCACUUUGUGCUUUUGUUUUGAGUAGAUCAAAUUCUUGGAUGGGUUAGCCUACACAGGCGGCAGGUAGCCUAGCAGUUAAGAGCGUUGAGUCAGUAACCGAAAGGUUGCUGGUUCGAAUCCACGAGCCGACUACGUGAAAAAUAUGUUGAUGAGCCCUUGAGCAAGUCACUUAAUCUUGAUUGCUCCAGUAUGUCGCUCUGGAUAAGACUACAAUAACUAAACACACUUCAGUUUACAGUCACACCCUUGUUUUACCUUGACUGACCUGUUCCUGUAUUAACAAGCACACAUGAAGGUUUAGACGGGACAGGUUGGUUAAAGCAGAAGCUGGCUGGCACACAGAAUAUUGAUUCCCAUACAUUAAGCCAAAUCCACACUGCAGAGACAUGUUUACAUCAUGGGAAUGUUACGGUCUGGCCCUGACUAAAGGAUCAAGAAGGAAAGAGCUCAUGUUUCAGGAGAACUUCCAUUAAAAUGUUUCUGCGCAAGUCAUCUGUUUGUUUAAUAAGCUGUUAUAAAGACUUCAGGUAGAAGGUACCCUUAGACACAGAUCUAGGAUCAGCUUCCGCUCCCUAAAUACUAAUUUACCAUUAGAGAGAGAAUGCUAAACUGGCCUUAGAUCAGUGACUAGAGGUGUAACAUCAUUCUACUCUUAAGGGCCUUAUCCAUGACACUGAUCUCUUAACAAUAAUUGGUCUUUUGACUAAUCCGAUCAUAUCUUUUGCCAAUAAUUGGGCACCAGAUCAGAAUUGGGCUGCCUGUGUAAACGUAGCCUAUGAGGCCUCAGCUGUGUGUUUGGAUGAUGAAUGCAGCUGAUCAGUCUUAAUGACCUCUGUCUGACUGUAACCUGUAAUACUGUGUGAUCAAUAAACAGAGCAGUAGACUCCCUCAAGCUGCCCACAGACGCUGUUA